AGAGAGAGAGAGAGAGAGAGAGAGAGAGAGAGAGAAUGUUGAGAGCUAAAAAUCUUCCUUCUUGCUCCGAGUUUUUGGUUUCCAGGCUCAGAUUCCCAAUGCUCGGCUGCAUAUCUUUCUCUUCUUUCAGUUCCUUAAAACCAUCUUCUAUCUUCCUUACCCAACGCGUCUCCCACAACAUCCUACACAAUCCAUUUUCAACAUCUCUCCGUUUCCCCUUCGUCGGUCGAUCGCCUUCAAUGGAGAGUACUCGAAGGCCGCAAGGCAAAGGUUGUUAUGUUUAGUGCUGGUAGUAGUUUAGGAAGGAAUAAGGAGAUUCUGGUCCAUCAUUUACUUGUUGGAGAGAAGGAUUUGAAACUUUUGAUGGAGCUACAACAACGGAUCGCUGGAGGUGAGGAUUUAAGUGAUUUGGCUGUGGAAUAUUCAAUCUGCCCUUCAAAAGAAAAUGGUGGGAUGCUUGGUUGGGUUCGCAGAGGGCAAUUGGUGCCAGAGUUUGAAAAAGCAGCAUUUAGCGCAUCUCUAAAUAAAGUUGUGCGAUGUAAGACUGAAUAUGGUUGGCACCUUUUGGAAGUGCUUUCCGAGAGGGAAGAAUCUAUACUUGGAGAGAUUGAACCAGUAGAUCUCCAUUCAAAAAUGCAAGAUCCCAAUUUUCUUCAGGAAGCUCAAUUGAUUGAUGUUCGUGAACAUGAGGAAGUAACUCAAGCUUCUCUACCUGGUUUCAAGGUACUUCCUCUCCGUCAGUUUGGAGCUUGGGGAUCAAUCAUAACUGAUGAGUUUGAUCCGGAAAAGGAUACUUAUGUGUUGUGUCACCAUGGUGUGAGAUCGUCGCAGGUUGCAAAAUGGUUGCAGACACAGGGAUUCAAGCGUGUGUUUAACGUGUCAGGAGGAAUUCAUGCUUACUCUCUCAAGGCCGAUCCCUCUGUUCCCACAUACUGAACUGUUUCAUUCUCCUGCUGAUAAAUUAUUCAAAGUUCUCCCCUUUUGAUAGGCAAAAACUAGUUUUCUUUGAAGAGGCAGAUAUGUCUUUGAAGAUAACGUUGAUGUGAUAAAAUUAAAAUGAUUGACUGAGAAAGUAUUAUGUUGGAGAAAUGGCAAAAAUGAUAUAGUAAUAAUGAUUUUAUUCUGAGUUGUGAA